UGUGGGCAUAUACGUCAACAGCAUCGGGCCCGUGUCCUCCAUCGAUAUGGAGUACCAGAUUGAUAUCAUCUUCGCCCAGACUUGGGUGGACACCCGUUUGCGGUACAACAGCAGCAGCAUGCGGAUUCUAACCCUCAACAGCAACAUGGUGGGCCUGAUUUGGCUGCCGGACACCAUCUUUCGGAAUUCCAAGAACGCCGACUCGCACUGGAUAACGACGCCCAAUCAGCUGCUUCGCAUCUGGAACAACGGGAAAAUACUCUACACGCUAAGAAUGACCAUCAACGCCGAGUGCCAGCUGCAGCUCCAUAAUUUCCCGAUGGACGAGCACUCCUGUCCUCUCGUGUUCUCCAGCUAUGGCUAUCCGCGAGACGAGAUCUUGUACAAAUGGAAGAGGAACUCCGUGGAGACUUCGGACCAGAAGUACUGGAGGCUUUACCAGUUUGACUUCAUGGGGCUGAGAAACACGACGGACGUGCUCACAACCACAGCGGGUGACUACGUGUUGAUGACCGUUUACUUUGAUCUCAGCAGAAGGAUGGGUUACUUCACCAUCCAGACCUACAUCCCCUGUAUUCUCACCGUGGUCCUGUCCUGGGUCUCCUUCUGGAUCAAAAGUGACGCCACCCCUGCCAGAACGGCCCUAGGUAUCACCACCGUGCUGACCAUGACCACCCUGAGUACAGUGGCCAGAAACUCACUACCCAGAGUGUCCUACGUGACCGCCAUGGACCUGUUCGUCACCGUCUGCUUUCUGUUCGUCUUCGCUGCCAUGAUCGAGUACGCCAUGCUAAACUACUACUCCUACAGUAUACGCAGACCUCCGCUCAAGAUGCAGAGGAUGGCCUACUCGUCUUUGAACAUGGGUCGCACCCCUCGGCCCAUGAUACCCAUGGGCAACUCGCUGUUCUGGCACGACUACGAUGACAACUGCCUGUACGAGUGCCUAGACGGCAAAGACUGUAAGAGCUUCUUCUGUUGCUACGAGGAGUGUAAAGAAGGCGGUUGGAGGAAAGGACGGAUUCACGUCAACAUCCGGGAGUUGGAUUCCUACUCGCGGGUCUUCUUUCCCACCUCCUUCUUGUUGUUUAACAUCGUCUACUGGGUCAGCUACCUCUACCUCUAGUCCUUUCAGGCCACGAUCAUUGGGUUCUGGCAAGACAGCCCUCGACAUUUCCCACGGCGGCCACUGAUUUGAGGUCAAGACUGUAGUGGAGGAAAUGAGCUGGUCAGUGGGAGUUUCAACGAACAUCUUGAAGGCCAUGGGACUUUGGCCAGUGGUCCUUCAGAGACCAAAACCCUCUGCCGUGGAAUAACAAGCCGCCAGCCUUGACCUUAAAAGAGCAC